AUGCAAAAAGCAGUCGACGAUUUAAUCAUCCAUACACAAAGUUCCAAUAAUUCGGAAAAUGACGAAACUGGAGAAGAAAUUACUUCCCAGCCUCUUACCAUCAAUCUACUCGAAGAACAUUACAAAUUAACAAUAAGGGAAAAGAUGGACCGUUUUCAAAAGAGAGAAAUAUUAUUAGAGGCUAUUAAAAAGUAUAAUUCCUUGGCAUCAUUUAGUUUUUUGAUUGGCAAGACUGCGUGGGAGUAUCGAGAUCUUUCCAAGGAAUUUCUGGCUGAUAGGCAGGUUGUUAUCGAAGGCUUGAAAAAAUCAGUGUACACUUACUCUGAAGUGAGUGAUGAGUUGAAGAGGGAUAGGGAGGUGAUUUUAGCUUCGGUGGAGGGUGAUAUUAUCGAUGGAUUUUCAUUGGUUCCUGAUGAUUUGAGAGGAGACAGAGAAUUUGUUUGUAAAGUAUUGGAAAAAUCGGCCUUUAGUUUGAAAUAUGCAAGUGAAGAGUUGAGAAAUGAUGAAGAAGUAGUAUUGAAUGCUAUUAAAACUUCUGGUUUGGCUCUUCAAUUUGCAAGCAAUCGAUUGAAAAGAGAUAGAGAUCUUGCUAUCAAGGCAAUUAAGGGAAGAGCAGAAGUAAUGGAAUACAUUGACUCUGAUAUCAUUAAUUCACUUCUUAACGAUAGAAAUUGUUUAGAGGAUAUUCUAUCAGAAAAUCCUUAUGCGUUGCGUGAUUUUAUCUUCCAAGCACGUAGAGUGAAUGUUCCCGGAAUGGAAAACGAUAGAGAUUUGUUUAGGAUUGCAUUUCAGAAAACAAAGGAAGAAAAGUUUUAUCAUAUCAUGGGACGUGAAUUGAGGGAAGAUAAAACUUUCAUUUUGGAAUUGUUAGAUAUUACUAAAGAAAUUUACAGAUAUCUGAGUGUGGAAUUGAAAAAUGAUCAAGAAAUCAAAGACAAAGCAGAAGUAUAA